CACACUGUUUACAAAUAAUCCCGCUACUCAUACUCGUGGAGGCGAUUAAAAUCCGCGUUGUGCCAAUAAAAUAUAAUGCGAUAACAUGGAGAAAAAAAGUUAUUAUUUAAUUUUGUUUUUAUUGACACUGGCCGAAAGCACACGGAUAAGACCGCGUAAUAAUGGAAGCGAGAGGAUUUCAAAAAAAGAAUCCCAUUUGAGAAUAGAAAAAAGUUUGCGCGCGAAAGGGAAUGUUUUGGAAAGCCUUUUUAAUGUAUACGAUCCAUCGUUUUUGUCAGUGGUGUGGCCGAAAAUAUCUAAUGGUGUACAUAUAUCAGUGGAAGAGAGUUGUUGGGAGGAUUUGAGUGUAUUUUUCGGAGAUUUAUCAGAAGGUCGCUUGUGGGCAUUGAAUGUCGCAGACGCAUCGGGUCGGUACCAGGGUGGGGCAUUCGCUGGCAACAGGUACUGGCUCGGCUCCAAACACCAUUGUCUUGUACUGAAUAAUGAAGCUAAAAGUAGCAGCCAUGAUGGUAAUCAAUUUUUGGGCCCUGCCGUUGGACUGCGCAAAGAAAGGUACCAUGAUGGAGAUCACGAGUGGAAGUUGACACACACCAAAUCGACAGAGCUAUCAGAUAAUCCACCAUUCCACUUAGGUUUCAAUGUGGCUCGAGUCCUCCUGACCAUUAUGAAUUCAGCCACACCGCAGCCUUUCGAUAUUACUAUAGGAUUAUGCUUGCCACGCUCCUGUUCCAAAAGGGAUAUUUCAUCACUGUUGACAUUUUCCAUAAUGCUAAACGACAACUUGAAAUCAAACAAGACUGUACCACGAAUAGCUAAAAUUGCAUCUCUUAGACAAGUCACAGAACACUAUAGCAUAAAACAUGAUCUUGGAGCGAUACUGUUAUUAAGUGUCACGCUGUUUUUGCUAUUACUAUCAAUAACAGCCACAGUAAUAGAAAUUAACAUUAUAAAAUGUAAACGUGGCUCUAAAUCGAUUAGUUUCGAUUUACAAAAAUAUAACAAUACAGACACAAUAAGCAAACUACACGACAAAGUUAAAAAGCAAAUAGAUGAACGGAUAGAAUCUGAUGUGGCAGAUAAUGAAGUAUUAUCCAAAAAUAAUGUUAAUCACAGAAACAAUAUAAACCUGCUUGCGAUGAAGAAUGUUAAUCCAAAUAUAACUCCCUCGAUUACGCUAGACGUAGUAGGUGUGGAGAGAGCGACAGGUAGUUGUACCAGAUGCGGCAAGUACAGGAGACAGUGUAACAAUCCGAGGCAAGUGAACAACUUGACCGCUUGUCCCAGAGUCAAGUAUAGCUCCGCUGCGAGCCUCAACACUGAGGAAAAGAAGACCAGUUUGAUAAAACGACUACUGUUUUGUUUCUCCUUAAGAUAUAGUUGGAGCCGAAUCUUCAAUACAAACACGGCUAAUAAAGAUCUGUCAGUAAUUCACGUUUGGAGGAUUAUAGCAACUCUUUGGUUAAUAUUCGUGCACGUCUCUGUUAUAGUAGAUUACGUUUCAGUUAAUUCUGGUGGUGUAAAUGAAGCGGAAAAUAUUUACAAUAUACUAAAUACAGGUACAAUGGCAUUCGACACGUUAUUUCUAGUAAGUGGCUUGUUCAGCUCUCACCAUUUCUUUUAUUUGAAGAGCCAAUACACGGUGGAGGAGCUCGUAGGAUUUGAUGGUACUUGGGGCCACAUACUUCAGUACAUCUGUUUUAUUACAAACAGAGCUGUAAGGUUGUUGCCAUCGUAUCUCUACGCGAUAUUCCUGUCGGCCGUGGUAGCGCGCGUAUCGCGGGCCACAUCGUCGCUGGCGCUCCCCGACGGCGACCACCAAAACUGCGAGACGUAUUGGUGGCGGAAUAUUUUAUACGUUACCACUUUCUAUCCUGCUGAGGAGAGGUGCAUGCAAGUGUCGUGGUACCUGUCGACGGAGAGCCAGCUGCACGUGGCCGGGGCGCUGGUGUGCGCGGUCGGCGGCGGGCGCCGGCGCCGGCCGCUGCUGGCGCUCGCCGGCGCCGCGCUGCUCGCCGCCGCCGCCGCCGAUCUCGCCGGCGCCUACACCGACUACUCGCUCAUUCGACCCGGAGCUUACAAUAUAUAUUCAAUCAUAAUAGAACGUCCGUGGGCUCGAGUAUUGCCUUACUUCGUUGGAGUUGUGAUCGGUUGGUUGACACACAAGAUGCAGGGUGCUUUGAAGAUUUCUAAGACGGCGUGGUGGUGUGCGUGGUGCUCGUCGGCGGCGGCGCUGGCGGCGGCGGCGGCGGCGGCGGCGGCGGCGCUGGCGGCGGGGCGCGCGUGGCCCGGCGCCGCGCUGCACGCCUGCUGCCCGCUGGCGCUGCUCGCCCCCGCGCUCUACGCCGCCUCACACCAUGCUGAGUCAGUCCGGCGAAUGGUGCAGAGUAGAAUGGUGGCGGCGCUGAGCCGGCUGUGGUACGGCGCGGCGCUGCUGCAUGCACCCGCGGCACGCGCGCUGCUGCUGCACUCCGACGUUGCACUCUGCUCGCACACGCUCUGCAUUUGGUCAUACUUCGCGGGCACCGCUUCCCUGACCCUGCUGGGUGCGUUCGCCCUCGCCUUGCUGGUCGAGAUGCCCUUCUGCAGUGUACUGAGGAGGCUGUCAGACUACGCCAACACCUGAUUGUAUCUGUGAAGGUACUUUAAAGUAUUCAUAACAUACUCUGUGAAUAUUUUUAACUGUGCUAUCUAAUAUUUAGACAUAUGAUAAUUAGAGAUUUAUAUUAUCAAAAUUAAAAAAAAAAAACAUUUGAAUCCUUAUUUUUAAAAUCAGUGGAAAUUGGAUUUGUUUAUUGUAAAUUGUGUAUAAAUUCACUUACAAGAAGGGAACAAUAUUAUUUGUUCUAUAUAUCUUCGAACUAAAUUUUACCUGAUAGGCAAUCAACAAUUAAUAUAAUUUU